ACAGUAAAGAAGAUAAAGAGAAGAGAAGAGAAUCCUUAUCCCUUUUGUGUCUCAGAUAAGAAUGUGGCUUCUCCAGCUGCCUUCAAUCCCCAAGUUCUCCACCCCGUUCCUCCAUGGCGGCGGAAUCCUCCGUUCCGCCCCAACCGCCACUACAUUCCCAGCACCAUCAGCGCCGUGUUCGAUGCCUACCAUUAGAGCGAUGAAGUCGAUGCAGGGGAAGGUGGUUUGCGCCACUAGCGACAAGACGGUGGCGGUGGAGGUUGUUCGCCUGGCACCUCACCCGAAGUACAAGAGGCGCGUGAGGAAGAAGAAGAAGUACCAGGCUCACGACCCUGAUAACCAGUUCAAGGUUGGUGACAUCGUUCAACUCCUCAAGAGCAGGCCUAUCAGUAAGACCAAGACUUUCGUCGCCGUCUCUGUUCCCAAGAAGGAUUCCACCAAUAACCCCGUUGAUGAUUCCGCUUCCGACAUUGGAAUCCCCUUGGAGUCUCAACAACAGGCUUAGUUACACUCUCUCCCCCUCAAUUUUACUUCCUAUUGUUCUUAUUGGUAUGCUUUUUGAUUUUGUUAUGCUUAUGUAAUGUGUACUGUCAUAUUCAUGUGUUAUGUAAUCAUGUUCACUGUUUAAUUCACUUAUCAAUUGAGGUUCGUUUCUCUGCU